CUUUUUGGGACGCGCCCUAAAUGACUGCUUCAGUUCCUCCAGGAGGGCGAGGAGGAGUGUUUAUUUUUACUGGAGGUGUUUAAAAAUACUGUCUAGGUGGGCGAGGGGCUGAUUUAAUGGGAGGCUGAAGCUAAACGGCCACCUAUUUUUGGACAUAUCUCGCCAAAGAAAAAGUCCGAUACCUUAGACGAAUAAAUUCCGUUAUCAGAGAUCAUCUCCAGCACUUUUCUGACAAGUGUAAGAAUAAGCUAGGUUAGCUAGCUAGCCUGUAGCUAGCAUAUCCCGAGGGUUGUUGACUAAGUGAACUGAUACCGAAGCCGGCGCAACAUUAUAAGGUGGAUUUCGAUGCAGAUGUGUUUGUUAUGUGUACAUUAGCUGAGAGCUUUAUCCCGAGACUGACUGGCUGUCCAGGUGGAUUCAGUUAGCUGUGUUAGCAAAAUAAGUAGCGAAUAGCAAACCACAACAACUAUCAACCUUUUCUGUCCACUGAUUUAGAGUUUUCUUUCCAUUAGGACAAGUAAGAAUAUGACCGCCAUGCGUGUGGAUGCCAAGGUGGUCAUGCUUGGAAAGGAGAGUGUGGGUAAAACCAGCCUGGUGGAGAGAUACGUACAUCAUCGCUUUCUUGUUGGACCAUAUCAAAAUACCAUUGGAGCCGCAUUUGUUGCAAAGCCCAUCAACGUUGGUGACAAAGUUAUUACGUUGGGGAUAUGGGACACAGCUGGAUCUGAACGAUACGAAGCCAUGAGUAGAAUUUACUACAGAGGAGCCCGAGCUGCCAUUGUCUGUUACGACCUGACGGACAGCAGCAGCUUCUCGAGGGCCAGGUUCUGGGUGAAGGAAUUGCAGACUUUUGAAGAGCACUGCAAGAUCUAUCUGUGCGGUACAAAGAAUGACCUCAUUGAGGCCGACAGGAGUGCACGACAAGUAGACUACCAUGAUGUACAAGACUUUGCAGAUGAAAUAGGAGCACAGCAUUUUGAGACUUCUAGCAAAACAGGAAACAAUGUUGAUGAACUCUUCAUGAAAAUAGCAGAGGACUUCAGUAACUCAGCUUUUGAGCUCAUGCAAGACGAGAAAGGAGUGGACCUCGGCCAGAAGAAAGACUCUUAUCUCUACACCUGUUGCCACCACUGACCCAACACAGGACACUUUUGUGUUGCCUUGUGUCACCUGGAAAUACUGGAUGCCCUCCCUUCUUAUUUUAAAAACAAAGACUGUUCUGGAGUAUAUGGGUAGCCAAGCUGCGUUAUGAAACCCAAUUAUUUUCAUGAGACUUGUUGAUAAUGAAGACUGGAUAAACUGGAAGCUGACAUACUUCCCCCUUGCUGAAAAGGGGGCGGGGAAAAAAAACUGCAACCAUAAUUGCAUGGAAGUGAUCAUUACCACUGUUCCUGAUGGCCUUUUUCCCCACAGCAUAAUUGCCUUGAAAGAUUUUCUUUUAAUGACUUCUGUUGGACAUUUUGUGGACUGUGACCAUCUCAUGUAAGGUGGUCACAUGACCAUCAAGUUUACACAUGGUAAAGAUUGACUUAUCUGGUUCUAUUUAUCAUUUCACGCUGGUAAGCUAAGGGUGUAGCUGUUGUGAGAAGUUGCUUUUUGACUUAUCUGAGACCAGUUUUGCUACUACUCUUAAAAUGAAUAAGAUUAUGCUUUGGUUUGAUAGAACUGGUUCUGAUUAAGUGCUGAUGAUGUUUGACAGUAUUUAUUAUUUUCUUUUUCAGCUGAAACAAUUAUACCACUACAGGACAAGCUGCAAAUGUUUCUGCUGAUGUGAUAGUUCUCACACAAGUAGCAGUAGAUAAAGCAGUAGGUAAAGGCAAACCCAAGCCUCAUUGUCUCAUGGUAACAUGGUGUUUGAGAGACAUCUCACUGGGAUAGUGUUCUCUGACCGUUGCACCUUCCUGAAUUUAGAUGAGCUGGAGGGUGGGUUUGGUGAGUUUUUGUUAGGUUUGAAAUGAGGCAAAACCUUCAAUGCAUGGAAGCCUGACCUUCUGCAGGUUGAAGUGGCUGUGAAACAGUGCUGACAUUUUGCCUUUUUUCCAUUUACCCAAAUCCGAGCUGAGUUACAGCGCUUGUUGAAUGUGAUGUUCAUGUUUACAUUAUUAUGAAAAAAAAGACAGAAAAAUGGAACCAGACAGAAAAAUCUGUCUUUUAAAUUAAUUUUACUGUGGUUUGUUACGGAUUAGGUUUUUCUGAACUGGGGUUUUGUCUUUGUCAAUGUGAAAAGUCAUCUGACCUUUGUACAUGCAGCCUUAAUUUGCUUUCAGCUUAUAUUGCGCCUGUACAGAAUACUUAUUUUGGGGGUUAUACAUUGACAUGUUUGUAUCAAGGUAUAUUCAACUAUAUUUGUUUUGCCAGAUAUCCAACAGGCAAAACCUGUGUCAGAGCUUUGUGCCAACUGUGUAUUUGCAGUGAACCAUGUGUUGUCAUGACCUGGUCUUAUGAAUAACCCCAGUGCAAUUGACACUAAAGUACAAGUCUUUACACAACUCGGUCAUCUUCUGUUUUACCAGUAAGUCACUUACACGUGCUGUAGCUACACUGUACAUACUCCACGCUCCAAGUUGCACACGCAAAGCUGAACUACUUUGAUAAGAUGAUCAUUGUGAUCCAUUGUGGAGGAUGAAAUUGUCGCCUUUAUAGAUUUCUUGUGAGUGAUCAGAUAAUAAGCAGUAAUGAAGCACAAGAAGGAUCAGCUUAAGGCUUAUUAAAGAGAGCAAAUACUUUUUUGGGACCCUAUAAUCUGCCAUUUCGGUCACAGAAAAUUAGUUUACAAAGCCAGUAUUUGUUGGAGUGAUUGGGGCCCAUCACAAGAACCACUUGCAUUUCAAUAAUGUCCCUUUUUCAGUUUACGUCACACAUAUAAAUAUAAUACUUGUGGUCAUAUGAAAUAUGUUGUCAACUGUCAACCACAAUACGUGUUUGCCCGAAACACUGGCUAAAGAAAAAAAAGUGUUCCACCAAGAUUGUGAAACUUUAAGUACUGUCAUUUAUUAUGUACAAAGCGCUACAGCACAAUUAAAUUCUCUCACAAGGCAGCGGAUUUUUUUUUUUGUUUUGUUUUUUGUCUUUUGGCUGAUACACCACCAUGAAGCAGACCAAAAGCAGUACAAUGGCAGGUUCUCGGAGGAGUGUAAAAAUAUGAGCUGUCUGUGUACAUAUGAGUGCAGUUAAAAACAUGUAAUGUUACUACAAGUGCAACACACUAGCUGUUUGAUUAUGACCUUUGUGCCACAUCACUUUUUGGUAAACCAAUCUGUUAAACGGGGGACAGCGAGCAAACAUGCAGAGAAUCCAAAAUCAGAUCUGCCCAAUCAAAUACAUCGGCCCAUUGCCAGAUUGUAGUGAUGAAUCCCAUUGUCUUUUUUGCCUCAUUAUUUGCCUUUUACUUUUACUAUGCUAUCAAGAGUAAAAACUUUCGAUGAAACGUCA